GGAACCCGACUUUUUUGAGACAGAGACAGAGAGAAAGGAGAUUUGGUAAACACGGAAUUUAUCGGGAAUUGGCCUCUUCGUCCUUUUCCUGGGAUGGAGGAAGGAUCUGGCUUUUGCAUGUCUGCAGGAAAGAGAUGCCUGGUGUCCUUUGAGGAAGUAGCCGUGUCCUUCAGGGUGGAGGAAUGGGCUCUGCUGGAUACUGACCAAAGAAAACUCUACUGGGAGGUGAUGCAGGAAAAUUACGAGAUGGCGGCCUCUCUUGGGACCGACAAUCCCCAGCAGGACUUGAGAGCACCAGAGUGGUCCACCCUCGCUUUCCUAAGCGUUGACUGGGUAGCUUUAGCUGGAGACAGAGAAGAAAACUUGGGGAACAUGGAAUUCACCAGGGGCUCUCUUCCUCCUUUCCCUCAGCUGGAGAGCGAAUGGGGCUUUUCCUUGUGUGCAGAGAAGGUAGCCCCACAGUCCUUUGAGGAGGUAAUUGUGAUCUUCACUGCAGAGGAAUGGACUGUGCUGGAUCCAGGCCAAAGACAACUCUACUGGGAAGUUACGGAGGCAAAUUAUGAGACCGUAGCCUCUCUUGUUGCAGAUGUGAAAGAAAUGAUACAUGAGAAGGAACCAAAAAGAGCACUUGUGCAUAUGAAUGAAGAUCCCAAUGAGGAAGCAAACACUGGGGAUCAGAAUGUACUAAAGGGAGAACAGGAAGGGAAGAGGGAAGCAAAACAGAAGAAGAAGAAGGAACAGCAGAAGAGGAAGAUGCCUGAGGUCCCAGCCCAAGACUGGAAAAUGUUUAAAUGCUUGGAGUGUGGGAAGAGCUUUUCCAAGAAUAACCAACUAACUGCACAUCAGAGGAUUCACACAGGAGAGAAGCCAUAUAAAUGCUCAGAGUGUGAGAAGAGAUUCUGUGACACAAGCUCCCUAAUAAAGCAUCAGAGGAUUCACACUGGAGAGAAGCCAUAUAAAUGCUCCGAAUGUGAGAAGAGAUUCUGUAACACAGACUCUCUAAGAAUGCAUCAGAGGAUUCACACUGGAGAGAAGCCAUAUGAAUGCCUGCAGUGUGGGAAGUGCUUCUCUCAAAAUGGCAAUCUAACUGUACACAAGAGGUUUCACACAGGGGAGAAGCCAUAUAAAUGCUCUGAGUGUGAGAAGAGAUUCUGUGACACAGGCUCCCUAAGAAAUCAUCAGAGGGUUCACACUGGAGAGAAGCCACAUGAAUGCCUGCAGUGUGGGAAGUCCUUCUCUCAAAAAAACAAUCUAACUGUACACAAGAGGUUUCACACAGGGGAGAAGCCAUAUAAAUGUUUGGACUGUGGAAAGAGCUUCACUGCGAAUGCAUCCCUAACUGUACAUCAGAGGGUUCACACAGGAGCUAAACCAUAUAAGUGCUUGGACUGUGGAAAGAGAUUCUCUUGGAGUACAGGCCUAACUUCACAUCAGAGAGUUCACACAGGGGAGAAGCCACAUAAAUGCCUGCAGUGUGGGAAGUGCUUCUGUGCCAGAGGCUCCCUAAGAAAGCAUCAGAGGGUUCACACUGGAGAGAAGCCGUAUAAAUGCUCUGAGUGUGAGAAGAGAUUCUGUGACAUAAGCUCCCUAAGAAAGCAUCAGAGGUUUCACACAGGGGAGAAGCCAUAUGAAUGCCUGCAGUGUGAGAAGAGAUUCUGUGACACAAGCUCCCUAAGAAAUCAUCAGAGGGUUCACACUGGAGAGAAACCAUAUAAAUGCUCUGAGUGUGAGAAGAGAUUCUGUGACACAGGCUCCCUAAGAAAUCAUCAGAGGGUUCACACUGGAGAGAAGCCACAUGAAUGCAUGCAGUGUGGGAAGUGCUUCUCUCAAAAUGGCAAUCUAACUAUACACCAGAGGUUUCACACAGGGGAGAAGCCAUAUAAAUGCUCUGAGUGUGAGAAGAGAUUCUCUGACACAAGCUCCCUAAGAAAGCAUCAGAGGUUUCACACAGGGGAGAAGCCAUAUGGAUGCCUGCAGUGUGAGAAGAGAUUCUGUGACACAAGCUCCCUAAGAAAGCAUCAGAGGGUUCACACAGGGGAGAAACCAUAUAAAUGCUCUGAGUGUGAGAAGAGAUUCUGUGAAACAGGCUCCCUAAGAAAUCAUCAGAGGGUUCACACUGGAGAGAAACCAUAUGAAUGCCUGCAGUGUGGGAAGUGCUUCUCUCAUAAGUGCAAUCUAACUAUACACAAGAGGUUUCACACAGGGGAGAAGCCAUAUAAAUGCUCUGAGUGUGAGAAGAGAUUCUGGAACACAAGCUCCCUGAGAAUUCAUCAGACGGUUCACACUGGAGAGAAGCCGUAUGAAUGCCUGCAGUGUGGGAAGUGCUUCUCCCGGAAUAGCAACUUAAGUAGACAUCAAAAGGUACACACUCAGGAGAGGCCAUAUGAAUGCCUGCAGUGUGGGAAGCGCUUCUUCCAGAAUAGCAACUUAAGUAGACAUCAAAGGGUUCACACUGGAGAGAAGCCAUAUGAAUGCCUGCAGUGUGGGAAGUGCUUCUGUGACACAGCCUCCCUAAGAAAGCAUCAGAGGGUUCACAAAGGAGAGAAGCCAUAUGAAUGCCUGCAGUGUGGGAAGUGCUUCUCCAAGAAUAGCCACUUAAGUAGACACCAAAGUGUUCACACUGGAGAGAAGCCAUAUGAAUGCCUGCAGUGUGGGAAGUGCUUCUCCCAGAAUGGCCAGUUAAGUAGACAUCAAAGGGUUCACACCGGAGAGAAGCCAUAUGAAUGCCUGCAGUGUGGGAAGUGCUUCUCCAAGAAUAGCCACUUAAGUAGACACCAAAGUGUUCACACUGGAGAGAAGCCAUAUGAAUGCCUGCAGUGUGGGAAGUGCUUCUCCCAGAAUGGCCACUUAAGUACACAUCAAAGGGUUCACACCGGAUAGAAACCAUAUAAAUGCUCUGAGUGUGAGAAGAGAUUCUGGAACACAGACUCCCUAAGAUAUCAUCAGAGGGUUCACACUGGAGAGAAGCCAUAUGAAUGCCUGCAGUGUGGGAAGUGCUUCUUCCAGAAUGGCCACUUAAGUAGACAUCAAAGGGUUCACACAGGAGAGAAGCCAUAUAAAUGCUCGGAGUGAACAUAAGAACUAGCCUGCUGGAUCAGACCAGAGUCCAUCUAGUCCAGCACUCAAUA